UCUCCAUCUCCAUCUCCAUCUCCACCAUCCUCCUCCUCCUCUCCCCCACAAACUCCUCCUUAUCUUCGCAAGCACGCACUCCACCGACUACACUGCCCCGUCCAUGUUCCUACCACAAUAAUAGGAAAGAGAGAUGAUAGGAAGGAGAGUCAUUUCCACCAUCACACUUUCACCACGCUACAGCCACACUACGCCAAAACACUUGCACACCAAACUGUACUAGCUGUAGUACUAGUUUCUCCGUGCGGGUGGGUACAGAUAGUCCAUCCACUACGGAGCCCUCGACAACCCUGCUACCCAAAGCUUCACGAUUCAUCCGAGACCCUCCCCUCCCACGUACAUACGGACGUACAUACCGCCACCCAAGGCAUUGGUUUCUUGUGCAAGCAUUCUCGCCCGUUGCUCACACAAUAUUGCGGAGCUCUUGUACUUUUUACACCCUGCGCGUUGCUCCUUUCCUUAUUAGAAGUACUCUGGGCCCGUGCCAGUUGCAUAACCAACUUUUCUGGUCCUCCCUGCUCUUACGUUGUCCUUGUCCUGAUAUCCUGUUUCCAAUCCCACUCGACUUCGACGUCUUCGUUCAUAUACAAACUUCCAUUAUUACAUUUCGAUCAAAGGACAAGCUAUUGACGAGUCGUGUGCUAAGCAACAAUUCCGCCGAGCGUUAACAAAGAACGAAAACAAAAAUUUAUACCAGUUAGGAAGGGUCCGACUUGUAUCCCCUGCAGGUCGAACAACUUGAACGAUUCGAAUUACUUCCAACCCCACAGUGACAAACCGGAGCUACAUCAGUGCCCAUGGUAGUUUUCGAACUUAGACCGUCAUGGCGACUAUGAGAGAGCACUCGGAGCGCAGCGCACAUGUGACACCUCUGCACAUUCACAGGGGCCAUUAUUCCCAGUCGAGUGUUGAUAUGACGAGCAACAGUGGCACCGUCCGACAGAACGACAACGCAUCCGAGUAUUCCGGAUACAGCUGCACACAAAUAACACCACCAGCAUCUCCCAGCGCAUACGACGACGAUGUGACGAUGACCGAGAUGGACUACCCGCAGCCAGUCUUCCACAACUAUCUGCGUGCGGUCUAUCCAUUCAACCGAGCUGAGAGUCCCUUGGAGCCGGCAGUGACGUUGCACCUGAACAAAGGCGAUGUGGUGCUCGUUUACUCCAUACAUACCAAUGGAUGGGCAGACGGAACUUUACUCCUCGAUGGCGACCGAGGAUGGGUACCAACUAACUUCUGUGAGAACUAUGAGCCCGAGGAGAUGCGAAGUCUUCUGAGGGCGCUUAUCAGCUUUUCGGAUCUUCUGAAGAGUGGUAUCACAGCCGACGAUGAAAUCUUCAGCAACCAGGAAUUCAUCAAGGGUAUCAUUGCGGGUGUACGACUACUACUCGAGCGAUCAAACUGCCUGACAAGGGACUCGCCAUUCGUCUUGAGCAAUGAGAUCGUUCGCCGGAGUCGCAGGUCUCUUCUUUCUGAUGUCUCGUCACUUGUGAAGACAUCGAAGCACUUGCAAGCUUAUCGGGAACAUAUGUUCACCAUGACUGAGCCAGGGAAUAUCAGCCAAGGUAUCAUCGAUGAGAUGCUACUGAAAGCAUUCAAGAUUGUCACACGAGGUGUGCGAUUUCAUGAUGCUUGUUUGGCUGAUCUGGAGUCGCAAUAUACGUUAAACAGAAUUACCUCGUUGACGCGAGAGCCUUAUGACCCGUCGACCCCGCCAGCCGACGUGACGACGUUCCAAAACGCGAUGUCGAGAGCCAGCGCAGGGUCCCGACGGGAAUCACUUCGCGUUUCUAGGGGUGGUGCUUCCAGAGAGGAGGCGGCCGAGGAACAAACAAAGCGACAGUCGUUCAAGCGAACGUCCAGCGUUUUUUCCCCAACAACAAAAAACCCCAGACGCCAAUCUUCGAUGCAAUUGAGUCGCCAAUCUCUGUCGCAUAGAUUGUCGACCGCGGGGCAGCAUCUUGAUGCGCGUCGCCAGAACUAUUUGUCGGAGCUACUUGGCAAGGCACAUGAGACAUUCAUAUCGUGUCUUGGAUCUCUUGUGGGCCGCCUACACCUGGCUCAUGGCUCGAACGAUCUUCUCACCAGUAUACGUCAAGCAAUUGCGGCAGGGAAAGCACUGGGUACCAUCAUUGAAUUACUAUGCGCCCGCGAUGUCCGUAAUGAGGCCAGCCUCCAAGAUGUCCGAGAUACCAUGUACCAGUGUAUCAACCAACUUGUCAUCGCCGCGAGAGAAUGUGUCGGACCAAGCAGCUCUGAUGGAGAAGACAAUGUUAUACUACAAAAGGAUCACGACUCUAUCGAGUCUGCGGCAACCGGUUGUGUUGUUGCUGUUGGAGAGUGUGUUGAGAGGGCGAAGUCCCUCAUCGAGAUCGUGGGCGACUUCGAGCUCGAACCGUCUGCAUUAGGAAUCGAUGUCUCAGCUUUCGCUGCUGAUGUCGCGACUGAUAACAACCCUAGAAUUGUCGAAGAAUCUACAUUAGAAGAACCCGCGAGCCUACCGCCUCCUCCACCGACAGGCUUCGACUUCGAAAAGACUCUUCCACCAUCCGUUACCGACAUGGAGAAACCUCUACCAUCCUUCGUUAUCAUCGACCAGGAGAAGCCUCUUCCACAUGUUCCUGAAUCGGAAGCCGAGACUUCCGACGACGCGCAAAUGGGUCUCAUUGGCACGGCAAAGACCACUUUGGCACCGUCGCCUACCUUCUUACCCGCUCUUAAACUCGGAGGCCCAAUGGGUGGCCUACAACUACAAACCUCAAUUCCCAGCAAUGAUUUACUCUCUUCGCGCUCAGAUAGCGUUGCUACCUGCACUGGCUCGCCCAGUACCUAUAUGAGCAGCCUGCGGGGUUCGGAAGCCAGCUUGGUAUCGCAAACCUCAACCCGUGCGACGACUCCCGAAUUGAGCUGUCAUCGCCAGAGCCACCAGAGCCACCAGAUGUCUAAGUCGGUCAACAGCAUCCCGGAAAGCCAAGCCACAUCUGCGGAUGAGCGCGAGGAUGAUGAAUCAAGGGUGCUGGAGAAGACCUUCGCGCAUGAGCUGAUCUUCAACAAAGAGCGUCAAGUUACUGGUGGCUCACUUCCAGCAUUGGUUGAGCGACUUACAUCGCACGACUCUACCCCCGAUGCUAUCUUUGUGUCAACAUUCUAUCUUACAUUCCGCCUCUUCGCAACACCAAUCACAUUCUCCGAAGCUUUGAUCGAGCGCUUCAACUAUGUCAACGAGAGCCUCCACAUCGCUGCUCCAGUUCGCCUUCGCGUCUACAACGUCUUCAAGGGCUGGUUGGAGACUCAUUGGCAACAUACCGCAGAUAAGGUUGCUCUGCCGCUCAUCCGAUCAUUCGCCGGGACUACACUUCUAUCAGUUCUGCCGCAAGCAGGACGCCGGCUGUCAGAGCUGGCUGAGAAGGUCGCAGCGACUGAGGAGCCAAUUACCCCGCGCCUUCUCUCAUCUAUCGGCAAGACGAGCACCUCGAUUGCUCAAUAUAUCUCACCGGAUACACCAUUACCGUCACCUAUCCUGUCUAAAAGCCAGAUCAACAGCCUCAAGACCUGGAAGAUGGGUGGAUCAUCUCCAUCUAUCCUCGACUUCUCCCCUGUCGAGAUGGCUCGCCAACUCACCAUCAAGGAGAUGAACGUUUUCUGCACCAUUAUGCCCGAAGAGCUACUUGCUUCGGAGUGGAUGAAGAAGUCUGGAUCGAACGCAGUUAACGUGAAGGCAAUGUCCACUCUCUCGACUGAUCUGUCCAACCUCGUGGCCGAUACCGUUCUCCAGUCCGAGUCGGAUGCGAAGAAGCGAGCUGUUAUCAUCAAGCACUGGAUCAAGAUCGCAAAUGAGUGCCUUAUCCUCAACAACUACGACUCGCUCAUGGCUAUUAUCUGCUCGAUCAACUCCUCCAUGAUCACGCGCCUCAAGAAGACGUGGGACAUGAUCUCCCCGAAGCGAAAGGAGAUGCUCAAGGUUCUUCAAGACAUUGUCGAGCCAACGAAGAACCACGCUGUCUUGAGGCAAAGACUGCAAGGCCACGUACCGCCUUGCCUUCCAUUUGUUGGCACUUACCUCACUGAUCUCACCUUUGUUGACAUGGGCAACCCGGCUACCAAGCAACUCACUGGCAGUGCAGGGGAGAAGGGUAUGGCUGUCAUCAACUUCGACAAACACACGCGCACUGCGAAGAUCAUUGGCGAUCUCCAACGAUUCCAGAUCCCAUACAGACUUGCAGAAGUCCCUGAGCUCCAGGAAUGGAUCCAAGCGCAGGUUAUUCGCGUGAGAGCCUCCAACGACUCGAACAACGUUCAACAAUACUACCGCAAGUCACUGCUCCUUGAGCCACGCAUGACUCAGAAGACCUCCCCAGUCGACUUCCAAGGCGCCUUCUCUCACCCCACACCCAUCCUCACGAAGGAGAAGUUUGACCUAUUCUCAUGGGCGCAUACACGCGACAAGCUCGCGUUGACACCAACACCUACCAACUCUUGAUUUCAUAUUACAUCAUUCGACGACCAACCUAUAAUCCUUCUCUCUUUGAUACCCAAUAUUUGUAUAGCGUUUUAGCGAUCGGGGUUCCCCAAAACGGCGUUUGCGGAACCAAAAUCUUUUCAAACAUCGCAUCACACAUCAUCACAACCAUAUCACGACAUAGCACCUACAAAGGUACCUGCACAAAAACCCGAAGCACUCACACGUUUAAACGGCCUCGGCACUCCUCCAAAAGUACCGGCGGCACAUUCUACAUUUUGUCAUUUUUAUACAUUGUUCUGUGGACAAUUACUCUGUACUCAAACACAACCCUCCUUCUUCGCUACGGCCAACAACAAACAACACACGCGCACACACACGCGCACACACACUACCAUUUUCAUUAUUACACCGCACCAUCCCCCGGGCGCAAGCGGGCGGGGGAUGGGGCGAAUUGGGGGACGAUAGGGAAAAGACUUGUAUGUAUUCGUUUGGGUUGUAUGUACAGCAUUAGUUUCGCCCGGGCCGGGGAGCUGGGGUUGAGUUGCAUAUGAAGACUUUAUCUCACGAACCGGGCUCGCAGCCUGCUGGAAAACACUGGAUGGGAAUGGGAAGGGAGAUGCAAAACGCCCAGAGUGGGCGAAGAGGAGGUGGUAGAUAGACAGACUACUGGGCGUCGUUGCCCAUCGCUUCAGUGCGAAGAAGAAAUAUGACCUGUUAAUAUCUGACA